AUGUUCUUUCGUAAACAAGCCAAAGAAGAAAAAGGGUAUCCCACUAUAUAUUUCUUUGACAAACAACGGAACAAAACACAGCACUUUCCGUCUAACGUUAUUAAGACGACAAAGUAUAAGUGGUGGAGUUUUGUUUUUGUAUUUCUCUUCAAUCAAUUCAAAUACUUCAUAAACAUGUUUUUCCUCAUCGUAGCGAUUUUAGCGUGUAUUCCACAAUUGAAUGCUGGGAGUCCUGUAGCUUCGAUAGUUCCCAUUUGUAUUAUGUUGACCUUUUCUUGCAUCAGAGAACUCUUCGACGAAAUCAGAAAGUACCAUGCAGACUCCAAAUUAAAUUCAUGUUUGUACACUAAAUUAGUUGGUCCUAACGAACAUGCUAUGGUCAAAUCUAAAGACAUCUACGCCGGUGAUAUUUUAAUACUCAGAUCUAACGCUCGAGUACCAACAGAUGGAGUGCCUUUAGCUACUACAAACGACGACGGAGUCGUCUAUAUCGAAACAGCAGAAUUAGACGGGGAGAGCAAUUUAAAGCAACGCCUUGUCCCGUCGUUUUGUAUGGAGAAGACGGAGGAGGAGAUCUGUACCUUUGUCGGCGAUUCAUUUGACACAAUACCCCCAGAUCCCCUCUUCGAUCAUUUUAUUGGCACUUUUAAUAUUGGAGAGUCAAAGUAUAGCACUUCAGAGAAGAAUUUUAUCCCAAGCGGAUGUGUCUUACGAAACACGGAAGAGAUGCUGAUGCUUGUUGUAUACUGUGGGACUGACACUAAACUUUCCCGCAAUUCCCUCCAGCCACGAAUCAAGUUUGCGCGGACUAACGAGGCCUUCAACAGGUUUGUAGCGGUCGCUCUAGUGUUUGAUUUUGUCGUGAUUAUCGCGUCGACGUUGUGUUACUUUGCACAACACUAUUCACAGACGGAGGGGAAGAUGUGGUAUAUUCCAAAGAUCAAUAACAUUUAUCUCUCCGCCUUUUUAAGGGCUUUUGGGUUUCUUAAUAUGUUCUCCUUCUUAGUUCCUGUGUCUUGUUUAGUCUCUCUUGAAUUCUCAAAGACCUUCCAAAUGCUCUUUAUGGUGUUUGAUGCCGACUUACAAAUUAAUGUCCUCAACCCCGUCGGUAAAAAUGAGACACGGGGAUGUAUGCCAUGGACUGGGACACUUAAUGAUGAGUUAGGAUUGGUCGAGUAUAUUCUUUCUGAUAAGACGGGAACACUUACAGAAAAUGAGAUGAAGUUUCGAAAAUGCUCGAUUGAUGGAUUUUGUUUACAAGAAGAAGGAGAUGGGUGUAUUGUACAAUAUAUGAACGAUCCGUCAUUAACUAAAAACAAAACGAAUAUGGACGAAUUUCUGAAGUGCAUGGCGAUCUGCCAUGAAGCUGUCCCUAACUUCCAAGGAGUCAAACUGAGCUUUCAAUCGGGGUCUCCGGAUGAAGUCGCGCUAUGCGAAGAAGCGUCGCAAAAUGGGUACAUCUUCACGAAAAGAACGCAGAAGAGAAUCACUUUGAUGGUUGGAGGAGAAGAACGGGAGGUCGACAUUCAAGUUAUAAUGCCAUUCACGAGUGAAAGGAAACGAAUGAGUGUUUUGGUUCGACUGUGGGAUGGGAGAAUAGCUUUAUAUAGUAAAGGAGCCGAUUUAACGAUGAUUCCUUUAAUGUGUGACACAGAAGAGCCUCAAAGGAUUCAAGAAACUGUUAAUCUGUUCGCAUGUGAAGGGUUGAGAACUUUGGUGUUGGCUUGUCGAAUCAUUGGAGAGGAAGAAUAUAAGACGUUCAUGGAGAAGUACAACAAUGCGAGUAGUUUAAUAGAAAACAGAGAAACAAAGGUCGACGCCGUUGUCUCUGAAAUUGAAAAAAGUUUGAGGUUCCUUGGGGUCUGUGGAAUUGAAGAUCGACUUCAAGAUGGUGUGCCUGAGACUAUUCAGUCGUUAAGAAGAGGUGGAAUAAAAAUAUGGAUGAUUACUGGGGAUAAGGUGGAAACUGUUUGUUACUUUUUAGUAAACGUUAUGUAUACAAUAAUAGCGAUGAACAUAGCAAAGACAUGUGGACUGUUUUUAGAUGAAGAGGUGUAUCGCUUUGAUAGUGAUAAUUGUGAGAAGAUGGUAGAGGAUGAAUGGGUGAAGAGAUAUUCCGUAGUGUUUGACUUUGGGGUGUACAACAAGUUGAAAGAGAAUGAGAAGUUUUGGUUGAAGUUGAUCAACAGUGUGAGUGUAGUAUGUUGUCGAGUGACGCCGCAAGUGAAAGGGGAGAUAAUGAAGACUGUUAAAAAGAAGACGGAUAAAGUAUGUUUAGGGAUAGGGGAUGGAGGUAAUGACAUAUCAUUGAUCAAAGAGAGUAAUGUUGGGAUUGGGAUAUUUGGUAAAGAAGGGACGCAAGCUGCGCAAAGUUCUGAUUAUGCUGUUCGUAAGUUCCGCCAUUUAGAGAAGUUAAUUUAUUACCAUGGCCGACAAGCGUUACGACGGAAUUCGUUAAUAGUGAAGUUGUCGUUUUACAAGAAUGUGACGUUUAUAAUGAUCCAAUUUUGGUUUGGGAUCAUGUCGAAGUUCUCAUGUACCAGUUUGUAUGAAGAUAUGAUCAUCACGCUGUUCAACAUGGUGAUGACAUCGAUGCCUCCUGUUUUCAUUGGUGCGUUUGAAGUCGACAUCCCGUUUUUUGGCGCGCGGGAUUACCCAGAGACGCACAAAGAGAUCAUUGAGGAGUCGAAUACCUUCAAAGGGAUAUCUGCGUAUGUCUUUUGGUUAGUCUAUGGGCUUUAUCAGUCAGUUGUUCUCUUUGUGAUGGGAUAUGUGAUUAUCAACUCCGAUGUGUUUGAAUGGAGUGGGAGAGUGAAUGGGAUGGGGUGCUUGUCGACAUUAGUCACGUUGAGUGGUGUUCUGUGUAUAUUAGUAACGAUGGGAUUGAGUGUGAAGAGAUGGAGUUUCUAUUUAGCCGUUGGAUUUGUUCUCAGUUUUGUGUUAAGUAUUGUGUCGAUAGUGAUGGUAUCUUUUGUGAAGAAAAUGUCGAAGGCUGGACUGUCAUCACACUCGUUGGCUCUAUUACUCGAACAACCAAACACAUAUUUGUUCGUUGUAGUGUUUGUGUUGGUUGCUAUAGCGCCGCUGUUGAUUCGAAAUACGUGUAAUAGACUGAUGGCACCGAAAGCGUAUCAAAUAGUUCAAGAAGUCAUCAACAAAGAAGGGCUUCCCGAGUAUGGCGUGGUAAGACCAGUGUAUCAAGAAGGGAGUAUCGAAGCUAAAAAGUAUUUCUCGCAGUUCUGUAAAGCAAAGGAUCUUCACGAAACUCAUGAAAUCGAAAUGAAGGCGGAAUUGAAAACAGACGGCGAAGAACACACAAACUGA